GGCGGGGCGGGCUCCGGCAGCCAAUCGCGGAGGUCGCCGGCCGGGCUGCCGCGGAGGGAUGGAGGCUGAGAGUAGGGUACCGGGGCUCCCGCCGCCGCUCUCCGGCUCCCCCACUGGCAGCGAGGGUGGAGCUCCCGCUGCUGCGCCCCGGCCGAGCCCCCCCGGCGCAGCGCGGGCCCCGCCGCCCCCCGCCGCCCCCCCGGAGGAGCUGGCCUUUGACGACGACGAGGAAGACCUGGAGGUGUUCAGCAAGGAUACAUCACUGACUGAAGCAAAUUCAUUCAGUCCUUUGAUACCAACAUCCCCCUCUUCUAUGAUAAACCAGUACAAGUUUGAAGAUGAGCCAGAAUUAAGGGAUCUCUUCAUUACUGUUGAUGAUCCUGAAAGUCACAUUACUGCCGUUGAGACUUUCAUUACCUAUAGAGUUGUUACAAAGACAUCUCGUGGUGAGUUUGACUCCAGUGAAUAUGAAGUUCGAAGACGAUAUCAAGAUUUCCUUUGGCUGAAGAGCAGACUUGAAGAAGCACAUCCAACACUGAUUGUACCUCCAUUGCCUGAAAAAUUUAUAAUGAAAGGAAUGGUGGAACGAUUUAGUGAUGAAUUCAUUGAGACUCGAAGGAAAGCAUUGCAUAAAUUUUUGAACCGAAUUGCUGAGCAUCCAACUUUGACUUUUAAUGAAGACUUCAAAAUAUUUCUUACUGCACAAGCCUGGGAACUUUCAUCUCACAAAAAGCAGGGCCCUGGCUUGUUUAGCAGAAUGGGACAAACUGUAAGAGCUGUAGCAUCCUCAGUAAGAGGAGGAGUUAAAAAUCGUCCUCAUAUGUUUACAGAUAUAAAUGACUAUAUGGAAACAUUUAAUCAAAAAAUAAACUUGAUAGACAAAAUAUCCCAAAGAAUUUACAAGGAAGAAAGGGGGUAUUAUUGUGAAAUGAAGGAAUAUGGUCCAAUCCAUACUCUUUGGUGUGCAUCAGAAGACGAUAUAGUAGAUUCGUUAAAAGGUGUUGCCAGCUGCAUUGACAAGUGCUGCAAAGCUACUGAGAAUAGGAUGGCAGGACUAUCAGAAAAUUUGCUGCCUGUUCUACAUGAAUAUGUUCUCUACAGUGAAAUAUUAACGGGUGUCUUGAAAAGAAGAGACCAAAUUCAGGCAGAGCUUGAUUCCAAAGUUGAUGCUUUAUCCAAUAAAAAGGCAGAAAAGGAUCUGGGAUCAUGCCCUUCUGGUGAAGCUAAUUGAGCUCUUGUCACCAGAACUGGUGGGGCAUCUCCAUGCUUGUUGCUUCUCCCUAACAAGGAGCCAGAGUUUGACAUUUGGCAAUAAAGCUGUAAGUUAGCGACUUUAUCAUUGUAAGAUUGCCAUUUAUUCCUUUAGACUUCCACAUUUUAGUGCCCAUCUGUUUACCUUGUGAGCCUGGCCAAGUGUCACCCAGCAGCUUCUAGUUACCUUUGUCUGCAGCAGCAUCAGUGUUACAAUAGUUCGUGUUUAUCACUUUUAAGGAAUGACCUUAAAAAUGUACUUUUGGUCUUAUUUCCUUGAUAGGUUUUCAUUUUGUUUUAAACAAUAUUUGUAGGCAUUUCAAAAGCACUUGACAUCAACCUAACUGCUCCCAUUGAAAUAAUUGGUAAGAGUCCUUGUUGACUUCAGUGGAAUCAGAGUUAGGUCAAUACUGAGUGCUUUUGAAAAGCCCAUCCUAUGGCUUUAAUGGGAAAAUGUCUGUCUUAAAUAGUUUCUAAAAAAAUGACUCCUCCUUUGACACUUGAUAAGAUUGUGAAAGCUUGAUCAGCUUUCUUAUGUUUGUAGUUGGUAAUAAAUUUGAGGGUGCAAUUGAUUUAAGUACCUGAUUUGGUGAGACAGUCAAAUACCUAGGUGUGUAAAUAACAGCUUGUGCAAAACUGUAGGUGCAAACCAGAGGCCUGUUUAAGGCCAGACUGAAAACCAGGCCCGCUGUGUCAUAUACUAAACUGAUGCAGUGCCAUUUUGCAUAUUGCAAACAAGAACAAUCCUAUUAUGUAAAAAUCAGCUGAUAGAUUUAUGCUUUGAGAGAGAAUUGUGAUUGAAAACUUAAUUACUUUCAAUUCAAGAAUCAUUUACCAACCCAGAUAGCUAUUUAAUUGUAGUGCAAAGUUAGUCUAGAAAUUUUAUUUUCAAGCCACUCUUGUAUUCUACAUAAAAAAAAGCAUAAAAUCCUAAUCCUUGGUUU